AUGACUUCAAUAGGCACUGGAUAUGAUCUUUCCAACUCGGUCUUCUCCCCGGACGGGAGGAACUUUCAGGUCGAAUAUGCCAUGAAAGCGGUCGAGAAUGGAGGAACUGCGAUCGGAAUUCGAUGCAAAGACGGUGUUGUCUUUGCCAUGGAGAAGCUUGUGGUCAGCAAAUUGGUGAAGCCUGGCGCAAACAAGAAGAUAUCGACUGUGGACAAGAACAUUGGGAUUGUCUGCUCCGGUCUGAUGCCGGAUGGACGACAUUUCGUUUCCCGUGCUCGUGAUGAAGCGGCAUCAUGGCGAGGGCUCUACAAGGCACCGAUACCGACAUCCGCCCUCGCAAACCGAAUGGGAAGCUAUGUUCAGGCAUAUACUCUCUACUCCAGCGUUCGACCGUUCGGUCUUACAUCAAUCCUUGGUGGUUGGGACUCGGAGGCCGAGUUACCGGUGGAUGGACAGGUUGGCUCGGGACCGAAAGUGGGUGCGGGAGGGAAAAAGGAAGGCCAGAAACGAGGUGGUCCAUUCCUUUAUAUGAUUGAGCCAAGUGGUCUAUACUGGGGGUAUUACGGUGCCGCUACUGGAAAGGGCAGACAAUCCGCGAAAUCGGAGCUCGAGAAACUCAAUCUUUCCGAAGGCGACAUCACUCUUGAGCAGGGAGUCAAGGAAGCAGCACGUAUCAUUUAUGUGGCUCACGAAGACAGCAAGGACAAAGACUUUGAGCUUGAGAUGUCGUGGGUUAGCUCAUUAGAUGGACCAACGAAAGGACGACAUGAGGAGGUCCCAAAGGCUUUGAGAGAAGAAGCCGAGGCUUUGGCCAAGAAAGUCAUUGAAGGAGAAGAUGAUGAUGAUGAAGAAGCAGAAGGUGGAGCGACUGGCGAUCAAAUGGAGGAGUAG